UACAAUUAAUUGAAUUAUUGAUGAAUAGUGAAUAUUUUUUAAAGUGCAGUAGAGAUAGGUCUGUGCGAUUCGGACCAUACAAACGUCAGAUUGAAAAAAUAAACGAGUUGGUCUGUCGCUUGCAUUUUGUAAAAAAUCAAAUCAAUUUGUCGUCCAUAUUUCUUUGUAAACCUUUUGUGCAGACAGUGUGAAUUUCAGUGCUGGUGUAAGUGAAAUUUUGCAUAGUGGCCAAGGUAACUCCGUACCCGAGUAUGGCGUACUCCGGAAGAAAUAAGUUCGAGAUAUCCCGGUUUACGGGGGAAGACGACAACCACAUAAACAAAAAGCUGCCGAAGGAGCUGCUCCUCAAGAUCCUGUCGUAUCUGGACGUGGUCUCGCUGUGCCGGUGUGCUCAGGUCUCGAAACUAUGGAAUAUUUUGGCUUUGGACGGCUCAAACUGGCAGAGGAUAGACUUGUUCGAGUUCCAAAGAGACGUGGAGGGGCCAGUGAUCGAGAACAUAUCUCAAAGAUGCGGCGGGUUCCUACGACAGCUGUCGUUGCGAGGCUGCGAGAGCAUAGCCGAUGGAUCGAUGAAGACUCUCGCACAGUCAUGCCCAAACAUCGAAGACUUAAACCUGAACAAAUGCAAGAAAGUCACCGACCAGACUUGCCAGGCCCUAGGCAGAAGGUGCAGCAAACUACAAAGGAUAAACCUCGACUCGUGUCCGAGCAUAACAGACAUAUCCCUUAAAGCACUAUCAGAUGGAUGCCCGAUGCUCACACACGUCAACGUAUCGUGGUGCCAAUCGAUCACAGAGAACGGCGUCGAGGCUUUGGCUAGAGGGUGCCCUAAACUCAAGAGCUUCAUAUGCAGAGGCUGCAAGAAUGUGAACGACAGAGCGGUGUCCUGUCUUGCUACAUACUGCCCAGACUUGGAAGUUUUGAAUGUGCAGGGAUGUGAUAAUCUAACAGACGACUCGAUAAUCAAGCUAGGGGGCGCCAUGCGUCGCCUCUGCGUGUCCGGAUGCACGCGACUUACGGACACCUCGCUGUCCGCGCUCGCAGCGCACUGUCCGGACUUGGUGACGUUGGAACUCGCGCUGUGCAGCCAACUGACUGAUGCUGGAUUCCAGGCUUUGGCUCGGAGCUGCAGACUCCUCGAGCGGAUGGACUUAGAAGAAUGUGUGCUGAUCACGGAUGCCACGCUUGUUCACCUCGCGAUGGGCUGCCCUAGGCUUGAGAAACUGACCCUAUCACAUUGCGAGCUGAUCACAGACUACGGUAUCAAACAGCUGUCAAUGUCGCCGUGCGCCGCGGAACACCUCACAGUACUUGGCCUGGACAACUGUCCGUUGGUGACAGACGACGCGCUGGAGCACUUGAUCUCCUGCCACAACCUGCAACUCAUCGAGCUGUACGAUUGCCAGCUCGUCACCAGGAACGCUAUCCGAAAACUCAGGAACCACCUGCCGAACAUAAAGGUGCACGCUUACUUCGCUCCCGUGACGCCGCCCGUCGCCGGCGCCGCGCGCCCGCGGUACUGCCGCUGCUGCAAUAUUAUAUGAGCCGCGGGUCCAUCGCAAAUCACAGUGUGUUGAUCGGCGAGCGCCGUCGGAUUGCAUCACCGGCCAUUUGUGGCCGCAAGAUAUUGAUAAACCCUGUCGUGUUGCAGUGAUAUAAUGUGAAAUGAAGUGAGAAAGUGAGAGCUUAGUGACUGUGCGCUUUAUAAGAGGUAUUUAAGUUGCUGCUAUAGAACUGUGGAUAUUUUUUACGUAUUUUUUCCCAGUUAAAAAAAGAAUGUGCAAAUAAAACGAAAUGUUUUUCCGUUAGUAACGAGUCGUAUUUCAACGAAAUAAUUCAAAAUAGUGUCGACCACAAAACUUAUGAAAUUAUAAGUUUUGAACGAAAAUGUGAAUAGUUCAUACAACUCUUUGAAAGUUGUAAUAUAAACGUAUUACAAACUACUAUUAAAAUUGGAAGUUCAAAAUAAGGUUUAACGUAUAGUAUAAAAUGGGAUCAUAGUAUGUUGGAAACGCACCUAUUGGAAAAAAAUAACGUCCAUACAUGAGUCAAGUCCUUUAAAAUCGUGCAACACUUUUAAAGCGUAAAAAAGCAUUUUUAAAAUAGUCAUUAUUUUAAGUUAACGCGUUUAGGGUUUAUCGAUGUGGUGGGAACAUUGGGAACAUACGAAUUUUCGAACGACAGGGCUUCUGUGUUGCCCUCUUUAGGGUGGCCAUAAUGGUUACGUUUAUGUCAAUAUUUGACAGUGAUUUGGCAAAAAAUUUGGCGAUUGGUCUAAUUAAUUGAUGUUUUAAAACCACAUGCAACUAAUUUACGUAGCUAUGACGUGUGUCUUAAAAUUAGGAGGGAAUAUGCAUUUUUGCCAUUACAAACUUAUGUUUGCAGUUGGCCAGUAUGGGAGCACGCGUCUUCCAACUACAAAUUUAUGUUUGUUUUUGAAUUUGGCUAAACCAAUGUUCAUUUGGUUUCAAAAACUGAUAUUUUAGAUAAAUAAUGAUAGAAAAAGAGUACGAAUCCCUCAGUAUGCAAGUCCGAAUAACUUUUGACCGGGUAAAGUUGUCUGUGGUUUAUACAAAUGACCAAUCGCCAUAUUGGCUGAGUCUUUGUCUAUGCCUAUAUGAAAUGUAGAUUAUAACCAUAUGGUCACCUUUCAAAUAAAUGUGCUAGACAUUUGAGUGGGCGACUUUUUCUUCUUCCAACGUUUAUGGUUGAAUCUAUAGAAAUAUUGUGGGAGGCUACUGUGAUAUUGGGCUACCAUCACAUAAAAAUUGUGGAGGUAUGUACAGGGAUGUUGUAUUGUAGAAUUUAAGGGGGUAGUUGUAAAUAUGAAGAAAUGAGGGUACUUUGACAAAAUGUAUUUCGUUGAUGACUUAUUUCCUGGAGAAAGUUAUGUAAUAUUGAUUAAAAUAUAUAAAAAGGCUACAUGCCUAACAAAAAAUGCAUUUAAUGUACUUUAGUAAGAAAGUGAAACAAAGAAAUCUCUUGAUAGAUUUUAUUUCUUUGAAGCUAAGACCAAAAAAGGUUUCUAUGAAGAGAGAAAUGUGAGAUUUAAGCAGAAGAUAAAAAUAAAAAGCUUGGCAAAAACUAAACUUAUACUAUAGCGCCAUCUAUGAAAAGAAUCUGGAUUUAGUUGCCCACUCAAAUGUUUGACAUCUGUCAUAGAUUUAAGAGCCUGUACAUACGUCAGCCUUACUAAUCAAUAAAUAUAAAUAAAUAAAUAAUAAAAAUAGAAAAAAAAUGUUGAACGUAAAGAACGAAGUACUUGGGAGUCUUAAAAAGAGGUUUUUUUGUAUGUUUUUUUGGACAGCACAGCAGAGUGUAAAGUUUUGAUGAAAAAUGACAUCUAUUUACAAGUAAAUAAGAUGCUACAAUGUUAAGUUUAUGUGCUAUCGUAUGUACAGUCAGCGUCGAAUAGUUCGUGACACCCAAAGUGGCCUAAAAGUGACAACACAACCUUAUUCCAAUGAGGGCUAUCGUUUUUAUACUUAACAGUUGGCACCCCUGGCGAUUGACAGGACCUUACUCUACAGUGGCGCCAUCUUGAUAAGUGCAAAUGCGAUAGUCUUCCUACCACUUUCGCGCUCACAGUCGGCGCCACUGUCUUCGCUACUAGCAAGUGACAGGACCUUACUCUACAGUGGCGCCAACUGGUGAGCGCUAAAACGAUAGCCCUCAUUGUAACAAAGACGUGUUGCGAACUUUUUGUCCACUUUAGGUGUCACGGACUAUUUGACGCAGACUGGUAAGAAUAUACAUUGGCUUUUAAAAGUCUUAAAAAAGUUGAUAGUGAAUUUUUUAAAAGCCGGUGUGUACUCUGCUAUAAAGGUGUUGUCUGUUGACUUAUCAUUUUGUAUUUAAUACGUAUGGUGAUAAAGGUGGUUAUUGUUUGAAAGCCUCUUAGUUAUGUCUAGGGGACGUAAAAUGUAAAAGAUUGUGAUUAUGAUCAAAGAACGUUUCUUAACGAACGUGUGUUUAUCUGUUCUUCUAUUGUCAUUAUUUUUAAAAGCACACAGAUUUUUUAAGAACUGUGUACUUUAUUAAAAGUUUUAACACCUCACUUAUUAUGUUGCUUAGAGCAAUGAAAAAGAAAAUGAAAAUUGUUGAUAAAGGGGAUACACUCAAAAAAAGGAAUAAAGUAUACAAAUAUGUACUUUUUAACAAAAAAUACACAAAAUGAAAAAUUGACAUGAGAUACUUUGUUGUCAACCAGUAAUUGUCAUUUAACCAAAAUGAAGAAAAUAAAAAAAAAGCUUUAAGUGAAACAGUUUUACUUUUUUGUGUUUUAUGUAUUGUGAAAUGAUAAAAAAAUGCUACGAAAUGUAAUUAAAAAAAUGUGUUUUAUUAUUGCAAGCAAAUUGUAAUUCAAGUUUUCAUUUUUAAAAUUGACUUGUACCUAGGUAUAUUGUAAGAAACAUUUUUUUGUGAAUAAAUAAUUGUAAAAAUUGACGUUUGCGGUCGAUUGUAAAAGUUUAUAUUUGGAGUGGGAAAGGUUAUGAGGCUUUAAAGGUGCGAUGUGAAUCCAUAUUAAUCUAAAAAAAAAUAUGCUAGUUUUUAUCUAGACAAAUUGAAGUUCUCUCAAUAAACUCCGUAAUUGCUAAAGUGAAUGUACUAAUGUAUUCAUAAACGAUUGAGUUUUGGGUAAUUUCAGUUAAAGUCCCAUCAAAAUCGGCAUUCGGUAAAAAUCUGUUACAUUAUACAUUUUGACACAUUUUUUUACGCAGAAAAAAAGCAAAUAUUUGACUGCAAACACACUUGAUGUUAAAUAAAAUGAUGUUAUAUGAAUGGAAAAAAAUCACGAUUCUCAUCGCACCUGAUAUUAGAAGGAUAAGUUCGAUUGAAACUUGUAUAUAAAUAUGUUAUUUAUGUACCUUUAUUGUACGAGGAACUAAAAUACGAGGCAAAAAAGUUAUUUUCAUAUGAAUGUGUGUAGAAAUAGAACAGGAACCCAAGUAUGUGUAGAUGGCUAGCUAAUUUUAUCAAUACUGGUGUUGUAUCAUUUUGACGUUGACGUAUUUUUUUACACAUCUCAACUGUCAAAUGUAUAAUGUAUCAUGAAUGAUACAUGCAGUAAUUAAUGACAUAACACCGUUAAUUUUGGGGCUAAUACAGAUUGCAAUUGAAAGCUUCUAGAUCAGAUAUUAAAAGUUGAGGCUGUUUCAAAUACUCACAAAGUUUAAUAAAUUUUGACAGUUUAGUUUGGAGGUGGCGCCACCUAUUUGUGAUACACCUCGAUUUUUAAUCUCUACUUCACUGUUUGACGUUAACUGUCACUUGUCGUCCAUAGAUUGCAUUCUCAACUGUCACAUAGUAACAAUAGAAUGUUUAAAAUAAAUAAAAACGUGUUCAAUGUUCAUGUUGUAAGCAAAACUGGGGCGACUCUGUAAAAAUAGUUUGAUUCUUAUGUGUUUAAAACGAGAUUAUGAAAAUGACAAAAGGCUUACAUAAAAAUGUUUUGACAUCAUCACUGAUGUGGCGCCAACUAAAGUCUGGUCGCGGAGCACGUAGAAUUUUGUCCAAUGACCCCAAGCUUCCGCGGCAGCAGUGAGUGUGCGAGCGCAACAGCAAGAUAAUUACGGGCGAGCGAUAAGGAUGGGUAGCUUGGGGUCAUUGAACAAAAUCCUACGUGCUCAGGGACCGGACUAUACAGGGUGUUAGGUAAAUGGGUAUAUGAGCCGACACUAGCCCAUGUUAACAUGGUCAUAUAAAUGGUAUGGUGAAGUCAGAAAAUUGAUAUCAUCAUUUUAUUUUUUAAUUUUCAUACAAAAUAAAUUUUAUAAAAUCCGAUUUGUCCUGUAGAGAGCGCAUAUACGAUAAGACGGCGUUUUAUGUUGUAAAGUUUGGAAGAACUUUCUGCCUCACUCGAAGUAAAGUAAUGGCAUAAUAAUCGAGCUAUGUUUACAGAGAGCCCGACUUUAGAGCUGUAAUCGAUUAUUUUGCGUUUUUAAUGUCGGAAAACAGUGAUGCGACUAAUCGCAUGUAUGUGAUGAAGCCACGCGUGGGUUGGGUGGUCGUCAAAUUAUUGUAAAACAAUAUAAUUAAUGUUUCGAGAUUUACCCCCUUACUAAUAAAACUUACACGCUCGUUGAACAGUGUUUUAAAGUGACGUUGUGUAUGGAAAUGUCAUUUUAAAACAGUGUUCAACAACUGUGUAACUUUUUAUUAGUAAGGGGGUUAGAAUUUAAAAGUAACGUACCAAAGAAUUAUUUUUAGGCCAAAAUUUUUGUCUCCAUAGUAUCUAAUUUUAUUAUUCAAAAUUAUUUUACACAGAUGUUUUGGUAAAAAAUUAUCUGAAAUUAGUAUUUAUGACUAAAACGAUCGAAAUGAUGACUUCAUCCAACCUACGCAAGGUGUAUGAAUAAUAUGAUCUUAUAGUAUGUUUGUCUUUAGAAUAUUGGUAAAGAUACUAACUCAUAAUAUCCCCAUCACCUUUAAAUAAUGUUUUUCAUUUUCGAAUAGCACUUCAAGUACUUGCCUUGGAACAUAAGUGAUUUUGAACCUGAUCUACAAAGAUGUGUGAGGCGCCAAGUUGGCGCAUAUUGGAAACACAAAUUGGCGCCACUGGCGUCUGGAUCUUACUAGUGGCGCCAACUGGCUAGCUCAAACAUACAGUAUUUCAUCGAGUGUGUUUGUUUUGAACUGAAGGGAAGUCGAAAAUUAACUUCGAACUCCUAUGUUCUUCUGAUUAAUUUCGUUGCGGGUCCAAUGACAGUAACUUUCCCCGGUACAAACUUGACCUUCACUGGUUGGGCGUGUUUUUAUUGGCGGUCAAGCUGUAGAUCUUGGCUACACAGGAGUUGCAGCGGUGGGAACGAGAGGUGGGAAUAGUCCCGUAUUGAGUGAGUUUAGUAUCUUUACCAAUGUUCGAGUGAAAAUGAAAGUUGGUAUAUAUUACAUCGUUAAUGUAUCAUAAUGUAGCGUGAUUAUUUCACAAAAUGGUAUUUACAAGACUUAUCAUUGAAUAAAAAAAUUGUUCAUAAUAA